CUCAGUGCCUCCAGCCAGCUCCCUCCUCACUCCAGAUUCCAGCCACACUGCUGCCCAGCACCAUGGCCCCAGCCACCCGCUCACUCCUCCAUUCAGCGAUGCUGCUGCUGCUGCUGCUGCUGCUGGCCACCAGUCGCCAGGCUACAGGGGCGGUUGUAGCCACGGAGCUGCGCUGUCAGUGCCUGAAGACCCUACCAAGGAUUGAUUUCAAGAGCAUCCAGAGCUUGACGGUGACACCCCCGGGACCCCACUGUACCCAGACAGAAGUCAUAGCCACCCUCAAGAAUGGUCAAGAAGUUUGUCUCGACCCUGAAGCCCCCUUGGUUCAGAGGAUCAUCCAAAAGAUUCUGAAAAAAGGCAAGGCUAACUGACCUGGAAAGAACAGCUGUGGGCUGCUGUACCUCAAGGAGAAAAAUCCAAGAGAAAAGAAAUGGACAGCACCCGGGAAGCCUGGACUGCACCUCACCUCACGAGCCUCAUAGUCUGAGAGCUUAUCUAUUUAUUUAUAGACUUCUUUAUUUAUUUAUUUAUUUUUCAAUGCUCAGAUACUGUUAUAUUUAUUAUGCUAUUUAAAGAUAUGUUUGCCAAUUCGCUGUAAUAUCUUAAAAGGUCAUCUUAAUAUGUUAAAGUUUAUUUUAAUAAUGUUUAAUGUGUUAAGUUAAAGUGAAUUUACUUAUGUAGUUGGAAAGUGAUCCAUUUUACAUCUGUUCAUUCAUUACUUUCUGGUGGGUGAGUUUGCCACAAGCUAUAUCAUACUCACACUAUGAUGGGGACUGGGGAUAAGUGUGGGACAAACAGAUGCGGUCAGAUCACUCUCAAGCGUGUGCAUGGACCCACCCCUUUUGUACGUGUUGAGAAGAAUGGCAACAGCUGUUGUCUAUUUCUCAGUGUUUCUAUUCUACGUGUACGACAUUUCUGAUGUUGAAUUUCCAACAACAGUGAUGCCAUGAAUGCCCCUUGGACAUUUUCCGUCUUCUGUGUAAGGCACAGUGCCUUGGUUAGCAGCUAUUUUCUCAUGUCUUGAUGUAGAGACACUUGUUUAUUUGUGUACUUUUACAAAUGACAAAAAAUAAACCUUUUAGU